CACACGAAGAAGAUGCAGGAUGAUGGCUCCUGACAGCAGGGACGGCACUACUUCAUGUGCUUGUAAAGGAAUAAGGCGGUGUCUGAUAUGCGAACAUUUAACAGGAAAUGGACAGUUGGAGGCAAAUAAACCAAAGAUUGUGCAUAAUUUCCUCUACAAUCCUGAGACGAAGCUUGCAGAAGAUGCAGAGGGUGCAUCCUUCACGUUUCCUGGUGUCUUCCUGUGGGAGAACUUUAUAUCUGAAGAGGAGGAGAAGGAGCUGCUAAACCACAUCGACCAGGAUGUGUGGAAUGAGUCGCAGUCCGGUCGGAGGAAACAGGACUUUGGACCAAAAGUGAACUUCAAGAAAAGAAAAGUGCGUUUUGGUGGCUUCAGUGGACUUCCCGCCUUGAGUCAAAAACUCGUGCUCCGGAUGAAGCUAGAGCCAAGUCUAUCAGACUUUCAACCUGUGGAGCAGUGCAAUCUGGAUUAUCAUCCUCAGCGAGGUUCUGCCAUCGAUCCACACCUGGACGACUCGUGGCUGUGGGGGGAGCGCUUGGUCACCAUCAACAUGUUAUCGAACACCACACUCACCAUGUCCCUUGAAGAGGGUCUGCCAGGGUUCGGCUUAGCAGAGGAAGUCCAGGUAGCUGUGCAUCUUCCUCGCAGAUCUUUAGUGGUGUUAUACGGCGAGGCACGGCAUAGAUGGAAACAUGCCAUUCACAGGGAGGACGUUCAUGAGCGCAGAGUCUGCAGCACCUACAGAGAGCUUUCUUCAGAGUUCCUACCUGGAGGGCAGCAGGCAGAGCUGGGAGCUCAGCUGUUGAACAUUGCUUUGAGCUUCAAAGGAACCCCAAUAUAGACUCAACUGAUGAGGCAGAGGAGAUUUUCAGACGCCUGUAGACAUGGUGGAACUUUUGCAUUUCAACUAAAAUGAAAGGCAAAACUUGUUUUAAUGCUUAUGGUGCCUCUUGUGACAUUUUGCCUCAAAUUGCAGAUUGAAGUUGUGGCGUUGUUCUAAUGAGCAAAAUCCCGUCAAAGAUAAUUAAAGGGACUGCACUCAGGCUUUGUUUCACCUGUUAACAGUCAACAUUAAUCCAAAGACUUGAUACAGUGAUAAGUCAGCUUUUGCACCUUCAAAUAUAAAUAAUGAUAUAUUUUUAUAUGAAAAGGCACUGUCAUGUAAAAUAGGCUCCAAAUGUAAUUUUUAACCUGAGUUGGGAUUUAUUUUUGAGAAAUGUAACCAUGGUGUGCAUAUCUAUUCAUAAAGCAAAUUAAUGCAGAUGAAAGGUAAAAAGUAACAUACAGCAGAUCUGAGACGUUGCACGAUAUACGUGAUAUGAGUGGGACAAAAAUGUUUUUCUUGAUCUUGCCUUUCAACACUUGUUUUUUUAAAUCUGUAUUGUUUGAAUAAAAAAGAAAAAUUGAAAGUAAAACUUGUAAAGCAAAAUAUCUACCCAAAAACAGUCAUACAGAAACGUAAUGUUUUAACUGCUAGCGAAGGUCUAAAAGGUAAAUCAGGUUAUUUUAGAUACAAUCCAAGAAUAGCUGUCUAUAGAAGCUGUUUUGUCUGCUAACUUCAAUAAUAUAUUAAUAUUAAUAAUAGAUCUGCCAUGUAUUCUUUCUCUUGCUUUGCUUUAAGUUAUAAAAGUGUAAAUCUCGGAGCGUGCAAUUUUAAAGGAAAAACUAAGAAACCCCCAGAAUGUUUCUAAAGUCUUUAACAUGUUUUUGAUUGAUUCUAAUAAUUUUUGUUCUCAUCCUUGUCGCCUUUUUAAACAUGCAUUGAUUGAAAUAUAUCCUUGAAUUUGUCCUGCAGCUGUGAGGUGUCUCUGUAAUAAACGUCAGCAUUUCUGUGCUUAACGUAGCUGUAAUGUUUAGACUUGGCCAGACAGGAGCACUGCUGGCUGCAGCUGAUCUGACGCCGAGCUGCUCAGCUGCUGCAGUGAAGAGAAGCAUCAUUAAUAAAGGAGUGGCUGCUGAAGUGAAGGUCAUCAUCCCCCUGCCGUGCUGCUGCAGCUCACAUGUUGUAAUGCACACAUUUAAAGGACCACACAGUUGUGUUUUUUAACACUGAGCUCAUAAAUGAUCGAUAAUGUGAACAUGAUUUGAUCUCUGAGUAUGUUCCUAUAACUCUAAAUCUGUCAUUGAUUUUCAGUCACGUCACUACAACCAUCAUCACACCUACUAGCGAACAAAACGAAAAACAAUCAAAGAUGGAGUCUAACUGCAGAUUUUUUCCCCCAAGAAAAAGUAUUCUUGGAUGGUGAGAAAUUACUUUGCAAACCAUUUACAAUAUUCUUUUCUACUGUUCAUUCAAACUGUUUAACAGUUUGAUAUCUAUGAGCACUUUUUUUUUGUCCUGUAACUGGAACACAACUAUUUCUGUCCGAAUAAAAGGCUUUAAAAACAAA